CCUAAUCAUCUUCAAAAUUCUAGGGUUUUCUCUGCGAUCCAAAUCGGAACCGAAACUAAUGAACUCUUCACCGCCGCCGGCGAAUUCCGCCAACGGCGAUACAACCAACAACGUCGUGAACGGUCAAGAUCUGAACUUAAACUUCUUGGAUAAGAUUCGUCUCGCUGCUACACGAAAUGCGAAGGAAGACGAAGGAGAAGAUUUACCGACGGAGCUCAACACGAUCAAUAGCGCCGGCGGGUUUCUUGUGGUUUCUCCGGAUAAGCUUUCCGUGAAGUACACUAAUACGAAUCUACAUGGUCACGAUGUUGGUGUUGUUCAAGCGAAUAAACCUGCUCCGAUCAAGUGUCUUACUUACUACUUUGAGAUUUUUGUUAAAGAUUCUGGGAUUAAAGGUCAAAUUGCUAUUGGUUUUACUAAGGAAAGCUUCAAAAUGCGGAGACAACCUGGAUGGGAAGUGAACAGCUGUGGCUAUCAUGGGGAUGAUGGAUUCCUAUAUCGUGGACAGGGGAAAGGUGAACCUUUUGGUCCAAAGUAUACAAAAGAUGAUACAGUUGGCGGUGGUAUAAACUACGCUUCGCAAGAGUUCUUUUUCACUAAAAACGGAGCUAUUGUUGGGAAAAUCCCUAAGGACAUAAGAGGUCAUAUAUUCCCUACUGUAGCUGUACAUAGCCAAAAUGAGGAGGUAUUAGUCAAUUUUGGGAAGAACAAAUUUGCUUUCGAUAUUAAGGGAUAUGAAGCAUUAGAGAGGAAUAAGCAACAAAUGGCUAUCGAAAAACUAUCCACACCUCCAAACAUUGGUUAUGGGCUUGUAAAGACCUACCUGCUACACUAUGGGUAUGAGGAGACACUCAAUGCUUUCAACCUUGCUACUCAAACUACAGUUCCUCCAAUCCAUAUAGAUCAAGAAAAUGCUAUUGAUGAGGAUGAUUACUCAUAUGCUUUGAAACAGAGAAAGAAUUUUAGACAGCUUGUUAGGAAUGGUGAGAUUGAUACUGCUCUGGCGGAACUCCGAAAUUUACAUCCCCAAAUUGUACAGGACGAUAAAUCUGUAGUUUGCUUCCUCCUUCACUGCCAAAAGUUUAUUGAAUUAGUACGGGUUGGAAAACUUGAAGAAGGUGUGAAGUAUGGCAGACUCGAGUUAGCUAAAUUUGUUGGGUUAACUGGAUUUCAAGAUAUAGUCGAGGGUACCGAUGUCUCCUUCAACAUUAUUCCUUUCUAUUUCAAACAAGAUCUGGACUGCUUUGCUUUACUCGUGUAUGAAAAGCCUGAGGAAUCAUCGGUCGGGUAUUUCCUAGAAGACUCGCAGAGGGAACUAGUGGCUGAUGCGGUGAAUGCAGCAAUACUAUCAACAAAUCCAAAUAAGAAAGAUGUGCAGAGAAGCGGUCACUUGCAAUCCCAUCUAGAGAAACUUCUAAGACAGUUAACCGUGUGCUGUUUGGAAAGGCGGUCACUGAAUGGAGACCAAGGUGAAACAUUCCGGCUUCACCAUGUUCUUAACAACAACAGAUAAAGAAGAUGAAAUUGGCUUAGCCGCGCAUAUAUUUUGAAAACUCUGUUUUUCUAUGGUUGUUAUCAUCAUAAGUGGCUUUUGUUCAUACUUGUGUGAUACUAUGUUGAACUUUCCAUUCUGUAAAGAAGAAAGUUAAAAAAAAAGGGUUCGACGUUAAGACACUGGGACUUCCAUUUUUAUGGUUCUUUAAAGUUUGGAUGAUUCAAAUUAAGAUUUUCAACAUUA